AUGGCAGGGCGUCGCGACUCCGGGCGCUAUGGUGUCAAACCAGUCGCAAUUUCAUUUCGCGUCGGGUUCGCUGAUGAUCCUCCUUUCACAGAGCAAGAAAUACGAGAAAUCGAGGACGAUAAACGACUGCAAGAAAGAUACAAUGACUUCUGCCACCGCCUAAUCGACAUGUUUGAUGAUAAGAUAUUUCUAGCGGACAGUUUUGGAUUCGUCGCCUCGUUGAUAGCCGGUGGGCCAUUACAGAGCCCUUGUCCUAGAUUCAGAUAUAAGUACGAGUCUGAGUUGAAUAAAAAUCUCUCACUUCCGGAAAGAAUAAAGAGGAUAAACGUCAGACUACACGAUGCGAGCUUAACCUUUCGAGCUGAUAUAACAGCACUCCACACUCUUAGCGGACUUCUUCUAAGCCGGGGCCCGGACAAUUUAAUCCCACCAGAGCUAGACACCCCAGAAGUCCUUUAUCGAGCCUUUCGAAAGAGCAGUCAUGGUCGAUAUGAUAAAGAACUUGGUUUCCGGUCUUCACGGCAGCCUUUCACAACACCUUCUAAUUACGACGGUCCUCUACGCGAAAGCCCACUAGUGACUUAUGAUAUCUUGAAGAAUCACUGUGAGGGUAGCAAACCAUCAGACCUUAUUGCCAUGUCCGAUAGCCCUGCCAGAAUCUUAAGUUUCAUCAAAGACUGGGAUUUCAAAGACAUGGAAGGGGACAUCAUAGCCGUAAUAAAUGUCUCGAAGCUCCUCACCAUGAGAGUCUUGUUCAAUCGUACAACUACAUUAUGUGAUAAAUUGGGUAUAAAGGCUUGGUCUCCCGUCAGACAAAACGGCCUUAGUUGGGUGAAUCGAAGCUAUUGGGUGGCUUAUCGAUGGGUGCCAGCUGAGUGUAUUGAGUUCUACAUCUCAAUCGCUGCUCUAAAAAAGGCUUGCAAUCAGCAGGUUAUUGGUACGUGA